GAUUUAUCAAAGAAGAGCGUAAAUGAGAUUGUAUCCAAUGAGACCAUUUAAUGUGACCACCUUGUAAACCAAAGUCCAUACUUUCCCAAUCCUUGAACCUGUUUACUUUCUUCGAGAAUCUUGUCUCACAGGUGGGACAAUCACAUGGGAAUCCUUCAGAGCCCCUCAAAAUAUAGGAUUCUUUCUGGAGAGAGAAAUUGAGUGACAGAAAGGUUUAGAGAGAGAGAGAGAAAGGUUUAGAGAGAGCGAGAGUUGAAAGAGAGAGGAUGGCUGGCCCUCAAUGCUGUGAGAAUCCACCAACACUCAGGUCGAGCAGUGGUGAAGGCCAUGUUGAAGAACUUGGAGGCCUCAAGGCCUACGUUACUGGCUCUUCUGACUCUAAGCGUGCCAUCGUUCUCGUUUCUGAUAUUUUUGGAUUUGAGGCACCCAAUUUGAGGAGGCUAGCGGACAAAGUUGCAUCUGCUGGGUACUAUGUUGUUGUAACUGAUUACUUUUAUGGUGAUCCAUUUGCACCUGAUCAACCUUUUGAUGCUUUUCCAAACUGGUUACAAUCUCACAAGCCGGAAAAAGCAUUUGAGGUCUCGAAGCCAAUCAUUGAAGCUCUGAAGAGUAAAGGCAUAUCAGCAAUUGGAGCUGGAGGAUUUUGUUGGGGCGCCAAGGUUGUGGUAGAGCUGGCAAAGUCUGGUUCCAUCCAAGCUGCAGUGCUUCUACAUCCAUCCUUGGUAAAACCCGAGGACAUCUCAGAGGUUAAAUGCCCAAUUGCCAUACUCGGAGCAGAGAUUGACAAGGCCUCUCCUCCUGAACUCGUGAAACAAUUUGAAGAGAUUUUAUCAACGAGAAACAAGGUUGAUAACUUUGUGAAGAUUUUCCCUGGAGUUGCGCAUGGGUGGACGGUAAGGUACAGUCUUGAUGAUGAGACAGUAGUGAAGAAUGCUGAGGAGGCCCAUACUGACAUGUUGAACUGGUUCAACAAAUAUGUAGUUUGAAGGGCUUAAACACCCAAACAAAUUUCCAUAUGGUUUUAGAUUGUGCUUAUAGAGAUCUAUUAUCUUUCCAAGUACCAAGCAGCGUUGCCAUGAGUCAUCAGAGUUUGGGGAUGAGAGAAUAGAGAUAUCUGAACUUCCAUGAA